AUGAGUUGGGUACGACCUACCGACCCAGUAAACGUGCCUAAAAAGUUGAAAGUAUCCCAACUUUGCGAAAUAUGUCAUUCUCGUAAGGCUGUACUGAAGAGACCGAAGAAUUUACAAAAGGUUUGUAAAGAAUGUUUCUUUUAUGUUUUUGAGACUGAGAUUCAUAAUACUAUCGUGUCUAACAACGUAUUUUACCGCGGUGAAAGGGUGGCUAUUGGUGCAUCUGGUGGUAAAGAUUCUACAGUGCUGGCAUAUCUCAUAAAGCUGUUAAACGAAAGACAUAAUUAUGGUAUUGAUAUUACGUUGCUGAGUGUAGAUGAAGGUAUUGUUGGCUACAGAGAUGAUUCGUUAGCUACAGUUAUGAGAAAUCAAAAACAAUACAACUUACCCUUAGAGAUUGUUUCGUUCAAGGAAUUGUAUGACUGGACAAUGGACGAGAUUGUGGCGGUCGCAGGCAUUAGAAACAGUUGUACCUACUGUGGUAUAUUCAGAAGACAGUCCUUGGAUAGGGGUGCUGAGAAAUUAGAAAUUCAGCAUGUUAUUACUGGACAUAACGCAGAUGAUAUGGCAGAAACCGUGUUGAUGAACAUUUUACGUGGUGACAUUGCUAGACUGGAGAAAUCAACUGCGAUCAUAACUCAAAGUAAAGGCUCUCCUAUAAAAAGAUCCAAGCCUUUCAAAUACGCAUAUCAAAAGGAGAUUGUCCUGUAUGCACAUUACAAAAAGUUGGAUUAUUUCUCUACCGAGUGUACUUAUGCUCCCGAAGCCUUCAGAGGAACAGCUAGAGAAUUAAUGAAAAACUUAGAAGCAGUUAGACCAAGUUGUAUCAUUGAUAUCAUACAUAGUGGUGAGAACCUGGUGUUAAAGGAUGAAAAUGAGAGGAAAAAGAAGCAAUUUACGAAGAACAAGAACCAAGAAAAGGCCACCAGUGCAAAGAAAUCUACAUUUGUUGACGGUAACAGAUGCGAAAAAUGUGGGUACCUAUCAAGUAAUAAGAUAUGUAAAGCGUGUACGCUUCUGGCUGACCUAGAAAAAAGUAGAUCAAAAAUCACAUUGGAGAACGACACUUCAAUGGAAGGUGCUGCUCGUGUAAUGAGGACUUUGGAACACCUAUCUUUUUGA